GCAGCUUACAAGUCCCAGUCACCCGCAGCUCACAAGUCCACAACUGCCGGCCGGAAGCACUGAGAAACAAGAAACGCCGAGAUGGCGACCGGAAGAAGGCUGGUUUCGGCGGCGGCUCUCUUGUGGGUCCUACUCCUGUUCGGCACUUUGGCCUUCAUCCUGACUCGACUCGGCGACGACGGAGCUCUGAACAAGCCGAAUGUUGUCAAAAGCGAGCUCCAUGAGGAGAACGAUUUGGAGCAAGUGACUCACAAAGUGUACUUCGACAUUGAAAUUAAUGGGAAACCCAUUGGUCGCCUUGUGAUGGGUCUCUUUGGAAAAACAGUUCCUAAAACCAUAGAGAAUUUUCGAGCGCUUUGCACUGGGGAAAAAGGAACUGGAACGAGUAGGAAGCCUCUUCACUACAAAGGCAGUACAUUUCAUAGGAUUAUCCCCACCUUUAUGAUACAGGGAGGUGAUUUCACCCUCGGUGAUGGACGAGGUGGAGAAUCAAUAUACGGUGAUAAGUUUGCAGAUGAAAACUUCAAACUACAGCACACCGGGCCAGGGAUUCUUUCUAUGGCAAAUGCUGGGCCUGACACCAACGGAUCUCAAUUCUUCAUCACAACAGUCAAAACCGGUUGGUUGGAUGGGCAGCAUGUUGUAUUUGGCAAGGUGCUUUCCGGGAUGGACGUAGUGUCCAAAGUCGAAGAAGUAGGAGGCAAGGAUGGGGUACCUAGGAGCAAGGUUGUCAUCACCAACAGUGGCGAACUUCCAAUGUAACUACACUAACCUUUCAUACGAACAGCAAUCGGAUUCUCCUCCCUGUGAAAAAGUAUUACAACAUACUAUAUGCUUAUGUUGCACAAGACUCAUAAAUGCAUCACUAAAACGAGUUUCGAUUCA